AUGCGCAUCAACAAAGGAUUGCUUGCACACGCAAUCUUGCCAGCAUGGCUUAUUACCGUAUCCGCCGAGUCACAUCCUAAUCAAUAUGCAGGAGGCUGCGCCCUCGUAUCAAAAAAGAUUUAUUGCUAUGGCGGCACGAGUACAGCUACCGGCUUUUUCGAGUACCAGCCAAAUGCCAACUUUUAUUCCCUCGAUGUCACGGGACCUGUGCGAAGAGUUGAAAAUGCGACAUCCUGGCAACGAGUAACAGCUGUGGGUGAUACUCGCCCUACCGUCAACAUGUGGUUUGGGAUGGCUGCUCUUCCAGAUCAAGAUACUUUUGUGAUGACAGGCGGGGUUGGCUAUGCAAACGGGAACGCUUUGGGUAACCCAGCAUUGAUGUAUAACACAACCAGCAGUUCAUGGUCUGCUAUCACCUCGCAGCCAUUUGAGCAAACGCAAAUGAACACGCUAGUGGCUGAUGUACAAAGAAAAGAUCGCUAUUUCAUCUACGGCGGUAGAAGAGACCAUGAUACCGGAUACACCAAUGUCAGCGAAUCUGAGACAUACGUUACGAUACCCAAAUUCCUUUCCACGAAUGACCUUCAAUGGUCGGUUGCCACUGAACAAGUCGUAAGUGGACGUAUUCGACAUGCUGGUGUUCAAGGAAAAGAUGGUCGAUUUUACUUUUUCGGUGGCGAGUAUUCAAGCUCGCAAUACAAUGAGACAACGAAUUACACCAGCUAUGGCCUAACAGAAGUCGACAUGUCCCAAGUUCUCAUUUACGAUGAAACUAAAGGCUGGGAGGCCGUGCAAACGACAUCAGGUUCAGUUCCCAGCCAACGAUGGCACCCAACAGCAACCUUGUUGAGCAAUGGAAACAUCCUUGUAUAUGGUGGUGCUCAAACUGCUGUGAGAGUGGGGGACAACAAUUACUACCAUCUUGAACCUGUGGAUGAUACGGCAUACGUUCUCAACACCGAUACGAUGACAUGGUCUGAUAUCUCGUCAGCUAUUCAACCAAAAGAAGGCGGUGACCCUCUUGAUAAACAGCAAUAUCGUCGUUACGGCCAUUCAGCUGUGCUGGUUGGCGAUGAUAGUCUUUUCAUUAUGUUUGGCAAAUCUACCAACGGCAGUUUUGCUGAUGGCUUUUUGAUAUUGAACACCACAAGUUGGGUAAUCUCUGAUUACUAUCCUGGAUUGAAUGCUGCUGCUGGUAGCUCAGACGGCACCGACACCGAUGACGAUGAUGAUGAUGAUGCUGCCACAGGGGGUGAUGGUGGUGGUGGAUUAAGUGGUGGAGCCAUUGCCGGUGUUGUGGUUGGCGUCGUUGUUGGCGUUGGGUUGAUUGCUGGUGCUGUUGCCUUUUUAUUCAUCCGUCGACGUCGCGAUUCUGGCCAACCUGGAGAAUCAGCCAAAGAAGCACCGCUUUCAGAAUGGAAAGAUAGCCAUCAUGAUAACAAUGGUAAUAACUCAUUAUCUGAUGACAACUCUUUAAAAGGAGGCCUUGCUGCUACAUCACCGGGUUCUCCCGCUCCUCCAUAUUCCCCGGUGACUACCAAACCUGAUAGCGUACCACGGCUUACAUUGGCUCCCGUGAAACCUGAUGGUGCUUAA